AUGUGGGACCGAGUUGGAACAAGGUUAAGAGGACAAGAGGCUGGAGCUACAACUUUUGCAUUGUGGGCUUUAAUAAAUGAGGCUCUUAAGGCAGAAAAAUCAGAUGCAGAUACUAAGGAGUCUAUGGACUCAGUUAGAGCCCACUUGCAAGAAGUUAGGGAAGAAAAAAUGUCCCAACCUGAGGAUGAAAGAAUGUCUCAGGGAUCUUCUGAUCCAGAUGAUUGGGUGGAUCUGACUGAGACUAAAAAGGAAAAGGAGCCUCAAAUGAGAAAAAAGAAAAACUUUUAUGGGUCAGCCCAGAAAGCAUUACAAAAAAUUCAGGAGGAUAAUACUAGUGAGGAAGAAGAUUUAGAUACAGAAGAUGAGGCUGACUUAGAGGAAGAGAUUGCUAAAUAUCCUAAUCCUGACUGGCCUCUUCCUAAAGCCAAAGGCCCACCCUCUUACAAGGAGUUGGUUCCACUUAAACAAACUAAAAAGAGAUAUGAUUUUAUGUCACCUAUAGAACAGGUUAUAGACAGCGCAAAAAGAAAAGGGGAAGAUUUUUCUGAGUUUCCAAUGGCAUAUCCAGUGGUAGAGGUUAUGAAUCCACAAGGUAAUAGAAUUAGACAACAUGUUAGUAUUGAACUUAAACAGCUUAAAGAAUUAAAGACAGCAGUUUCACAAUAUGGAACCACAGCUCCCUUUACUGUGGCUCUUUUUGAAACCAUAGCAGAUAAUAACUUGACUCCCUUAGACUGGAAGACUGUUGCACGUGCAGUACUGUCUGGAGGAGACUAUUUGCUAUGGUCAGCAGAUUUUAGGGAAUUUUCUCGCAGGACUGCCACACUUAAUGUUCAAUCUGGAAAUCCUGCCUGGAAUCAAGAUAUGUUAUUAGGAGAGGGACAAUAUGAAGGAAAUUAUAAUCAAAUUAAUUACCCUCCUGCUGUCUAUACUCAAAUUACAGCUGCGGCCCGUCGUGCCUGGCAAAAAUUACCCUCCAAAGGAAAAAUGAGUUCAGCAUUAGCCAGUAUUAAACAGGAAUCCGAUGAACCUUUUCAGGAGUUUGUGGACAGAUUGUUAAAAGCUGCAGGUAGGAUUUUUGGAGAUCCAGAAGGCGGAAUUCAGUUUGUGCAACAACUGGCUUUUGAAAAUGCCAAUUCAGCUUGUAAAGCUGCCAUUCGGCCCUAUAGAACCAAAACUGACCUGUCUGGGUAUAUUUGUUUAUGUGCUGACAUUGGUCCUGCUUAUCAACAAGGAUUUGCUAUGGCUGCUGCUUUAAAAGGUGUCACGGUUCAGGAAACGUUUAUGCAAAGAAAUAAGCAAAGAGGAGGUUGUUUUAAUUGUGGACAGACUGGACAUAUUAAACGAAAUUGUCCUAUGCAGUCUCAACCUAGAUCUCCAGGUAUUUGUCCUAGAUGCAAGCGAGGAAAACAUUGGGCCAAUAAAUGUAAAUCUAAAUUUGACAAGGAUGGACAACCCAUCCAAGCCCCAAGACAAAAUGACCAAACACAGAAUCAGGGAAACGGGAAAUGGGGUCAGCCUCGGGCCGCCAACUCUCAGCAUGAGGUAUAUGGGGCAAUGAAAUUUGUACCUCAGACCACCUCAAACCCCUUUCUUCCCUUAUCAGAGCAACCCCAGGAAGUGCAGGAUUGGACCUCAGUUCCACCACCUACACAGUAUUAA